AGAACAAUAGUGUGGUAUCUCACAAAUGCAUCUGCAGAGAAUAUUGGAAGGACUGAGACCAGGAGAGCCUGGACGGUGGAGUUUUGUUGACAGUCUUGGGCUUUGCUAAAAGGAAUUAGAUGUUUUGGCCAUAUAGAAGUGGGGCAACUAAACAGACAUCAUUACAAGCAUGUCAUCCAACACCACUGAAAAGUGCGCCCCUGACGACCAGCUCUGCAUUGUUAAAGAGUACGAGGUGGAGGUGAUCGUCGUCCCGACCAUCCUGUUAUUUUUAUUUGUUAUUUUUCUAUUGUGUCUAGUUCUGCUGAGAUUUUGCAAUAAAAAGAAAUCCUCACAAAGCCCUUUGAUCAACAACUACAAACAUUAUCAAAUAAAUCAGCCACUCAACCAUCAGAAUCACCAUCACAACCAUCACCAUGACAACAACCACCCCAACCAUCACGCCAACUAUCACCAUGACAACAGGCAAACCAAUCAUCACAGACAGCAUCAGAACAGCUCCCCGCAAAGAAGCAACAGGCACCGGAGUCAUCUACAAGGCAUAGACGCUCCAGCUGGCAUAAACCCUCUUGAACAUGAGGAGGUGCCGAUGACAGUUCAGAACUCUGCACAAACAAAUGCCAAGCCUAAUAUGUCUGCAGUACCACGCACAGCCACAGAGAGGCAGCACAGAGGCUUCAGUGAGGUCACAGCGCUGCCUCAGACUUUCUUCAUGAAACCAGACAACUCUGUAUCUCUGUACCGGGCGCAGAUGGAGCAAAAAGAUGUCAUCCUAAGAGUACUCAAAGAUCCGGUGACAGAGGCAGACAAGCAUCAGUUUAUGGGUUUCACCUCGUUCCUCUCUGGUCUGGGCCCUCACCCGUUCGUCCCGGCUCUACUCGGAGUGGUCACAGUGCAGCCUCCGUUCAUGAUGGUCACAGAGGAGCUACACCACAGGGACCUGCUCAGCUUCCUCUGGAAAUGCAGACAGGAUAACGCUGAACCUGGAUGUGACAUGACUGAAAAAAGAGUCUACACCAUGGCUCGACAAGUGGCCUCAGCUCUGGACUACCUCCACUCUCAGCAGUGCGUCCAUGGGAACGUGGCAGCCCGUAGUGUCCUGGUGGGGCGUGAUCUGACCGUGAAGCUGUGGGGUUUGGGAUCGGCGUAUCGCAGGAGUGAGAGGGGGGCCGGGGAGGCCGAGGAGGCCAUGGAGCUCCGGAAGUGGCAGGCACCGGAAGUACUGGCCCGGAAUGGAGUCACUAAGAACAGUGAUGUAUGGUCUUUAGGCAUUCUGCUCUAUGAAAUGAUCACAUUAGGAGACCCACCGUUCCCUCAGCUCUUGGCCACAGAACUGCUGCAGUAUCUUCAGAGAGGAAAGUUUAUGAAGAAACCAGCCUCCUGCUCCAAUGCACUAUAUUCACUCAUAAAAUCGUGCUGCCAGUGGAGUCCCCAGCAGCGGGUCUCUGUGCCUGAACUCAUCCGUAAGUUGGAGUCUGGAGAGAGGACAGCGAAUGGGAGCACGGUCCUGCGAGUCCCGGAGCCGCUGGAUGUGGGAAAGUACUUACGAGAGGCGGGCUACGGGGAGGCCUACAACUAUGCAGUGUUCUGAUUGGCUUUAAAGACUGUCAAUCAAAAUAUGAAGGCGGAUGAUGUGUUUUGAUUGGCUUAAAUAACUGUCAAUCUAAGCAUCAAGGCGGAAUGUUGUCUUCCGAUUGGUUCAAAGGACUGUCAAUCACAAACUGUCUUGAAACAACCACUGCAACUUUCGAAGGAUUUUACACAAAACUUGAAGAAAUUAUUAUUUGUAUGAAAUGUUUGCUGCUGGAACUUAAAGAGAUUUAUUUUGUAUUUCAAAAUAAUAUAGGUUUUGUAAAUAUAAUAUCCCAAUUUAAUGCACUUUAUGAGGAAAAAUAAGCCGUUGUGCAAUUUGUUCACUAUUAAAAUUUAUUAUCGACUCAGGGACUGACAUUAACAAAAAUUUGCAUUUUUUUGUUUGCAAUUUUGGUCAUUUUUUAUCAAUUCACCUUGGAUGUACUAAAAUUCCAUAAUAAAACAUUAAGUAUCCACUUUAGCCAGUUCAAUUGCAUAUAACCUUAUUCUACUCUACUAUAGGCUACUUUAUUGGGUCCAGAGGUUACCAUUGAUUUUGUAGGAACUAUAGACAGCACAAAUAAUUUUUAUUUGAAUUAGAAAUUCCAAUUUAAUUCAUUGAAUAUCAAUGUUGUUUAUUAUAACAUACAGUACCAGUCAAGUUUAAGUGUUUUUCACAUUAUUUGUUAUUAUAGCAGUAGUAUAUAGUCAACUGGACAAUAGUUUUAGAGGGGGAGCUAGCUACACUGAAACUUAACACAUCUGUUUGUAUGCAGUUUCUGUUUGUGUAGACCUAGCUAACAAAGUACAAACUGUGCCAGAGUCAUAUUUUGCAUAAUCGUUCAGGCCCUUAAUGGGUCCUCUCACACCUAUUGGGAUACUGGCUAGCACUACUGUUUUUCUUGUUUUGAUUUAGAUCUGAGAUCUAUGGAAGCCCGUUUCCGCCAUGGAAAAAAAAGCCCCACAGAAAGUCGAAAUUACGAGUUUUAAACUCGUAAUUAUUAUUAUUAUUAUUUUAAAACUACUGAUUAUGAGUUUCAAAGUCUUGAUUGAGCUUGUAGCACAUUGCAACUAAGUGUACAGAGCAGGGGAGACAGGAGGAGGACUGUUGUGUUUAUCAUCUACGUACUUUUAUAAAUGAAUAAAUUAAGCUCCAGUAAAGUUUCUGGCAUCUUGAACAAAUCAUUUGGCCCUGAGUGCUGUUCUGACCACUGUUUUGUGCCGUGAGCGCUUUUCUGACCACUCAUGAGCUCUGGUCUGGGUCUGUGAGCGCUCGUCCUCCUGGUCUGAGCAGAGUGCUCGCUUGUCACAACCCCUGCUGGUUUAUUGAGGAAAUUAUUAAAAUACCAAAUACAUUUAAUCAAAAUUGAUAAGGUUCACAUUUUGUAAAUGUUACA